AAAUCAGUCUUUAUUUCUAAUUAUCUAUAACCUUCUUGUUCCAAUUUCAAUUUUUUUCUAGUUUUUCUUCUUCAGUUUGGCUUGCAGCUCGGAACGUCCUUAUGGAGAAAGGAAAUGAAAUUAUCAAAUAUGAGGAGGAGUUUAUUUAUAGUCCUCGAGGUUUAAAGCUGUUCACAUGCAGAUGGCUGCCAGAAAAUAAGGAAUCAAAAGCUUUGAUCUUUUUAUGCCAUGGAUAUGCCAUGGAGUGCAGCAUAUCUAUGCGAGAGACAGCGAGGAGAUUGGUUAUAGCAGGGUUUGCAGUAUAUGGAGUAGACUAUGAAGGACAUGGAAAGUCUGCAGGAUUGCAAGGCUAUGUGCCGAGCUUUGAUGGCCUUGUGGAUGAUUGUUUGCAUCAUUUUAUGAGCGUUUGUGAAAAACCAGAGAACCAGAAGAAACAGAGAUUUCUAAUGGGAGAAUCCAUGGGAGGAGCUGUGGCCCUUAUGCUUCACAGGAAAGCCCCGGUUUACUGGAAUGGUGCAGUAUUAGUCGCACCAAUGUGCAAGAUUGCGGAUGAAAUGAAGCCUCAUCCUCUGGUCAUCAACAUUUUGUCCAAAUUAUGCAAAGUUAUACCCACAUGGAGCAUUAUUCCUACUCAAGAUAUCCUUGACGUUGCAGUAAAAAGUCCAGAGAAAAGAGAAGAGAUUCGCUCUAAUUCUCUUUGUUUUAAGAGAAAGCCUCGCCUUAAGACUGCACAUGAGCUUCUCAUGGUUAGUAUAGAAAUUGAGAAUAACCUUCACCAGAUCUCAUUGCCCUUCUUGAUCGUUCACGGUGGUGACGAUAUCGUUACUGAUCCCGGCGUCAGUAAACUGCUUCAUGAGUCGGCAUCCAGUGGAGAUAAAACCUUUAAAUUAUAUCCUGGAAUGUGGCAUGCCUUAACUUCAGGAGAGACUCCUGAGAGCAUCGACCUCGUCUUCUCAGAUAUUCUUUCCUGGUUGAAUGAACGGACCAUCAUAAAAGGCGAAACAUCAGAAUAUGAGCAAAAAUCAGUACAUGACUGGAAAUAUAAAGAGGUGGAUGGAAUGGAAAUUAUGUAAAAUAGAUUUGGUUUUUUUUUUUUGUUUUUUG